GCAGAAAAAAAAACCAGAAGAUUCAAGAAGAACAGCAGGGUUUUUGUUAGUAAAGAUGUCUUCUGGUAAUGGUCAGAUCUAUUUAGAUGAGAAAUGGAAAUUAAAAGGAUCUAAGAGUACAAGGAACCACAAUUCAUCAUCAUCGAUGGCUUCUUCUUCUUCAAAUCAUCAUCAUCAUCAUAAUCUGAUGAGAAGUUCUUCUACAUCAUCAGCUAAUCAUUUAAUGAGGAAUUCAUCAACUUCAUCAACAUCACAUUUAAUUAGAAACGCAUCAACAUCGUCUUCAAGUACUAAUAAUCUAAUGAGGAAUUCAUCAAAGAGAAAUGGUGGGAAUCAUAAUAAAAGUGGAUUCUCAAGGAAAUGUUCUUCACUGGUUAAAGAACAGAGAGCUAAGUUUUAUAUUGUUAGACGCUGUGUUACUAUGUUAAUGUGCUGGCGUGAUUACAAUGAUUCUUAAUCUUCAACACCCCCAUCAAUCAUAAAAGAAGAAGACAGAUUUUUCAAGAGAAAACAAGACAGAAUCCAGAGUUUUUACAGAGUAUACUCUGUUUUUUUGGAGUUUUUUCUUCAAUCAAAGUUCUUUCUUGCUGUGAGAUGGGUAAUGGGUUUUGUUUUUUUUUUGAAUGGAAUCACAGAACCCAAGUUAAGUAAUUUCUUAUCAUCCGUCCAAGGAGGAAGAAGAAUCAAAUCAGUAGAAUGAAUAGUCUCAUUCAUUUGUAUAAAGAUUUAAAUUUUUUGGAGAUAGAUAGAUUUGUGAUGUUAAUGUAACUGAAAUAGAGCAGAGAAAGUGAAGAUUAAUAUAAAUAUAUAUGUAUUUGUUAAAAAGAAAAUUCAAUCAAUCACCAUUUUUAGUAAAUUUUUUGUUGUUUC